GGCUAUAUUUGAUUACGUCACUUGCUUUAGCGUCACGUGGUCACGUCUACUUCCGGAAAAGUGGGUCAUGGACGCGGACGGGUCGUACGAGCCGGGUUUUGUAGGGAUUCGCUUCUGCCAGGAAUGCAACAAUAUGUUGUAUCCCAAAGAAGACAAAGAGAAUCGGAUUCUCCUCUAUGCGUGUCGAAAUUGUGACUACCAACAAGAGGCAGACAACAGCUGUAUAUAUGUCAAUAAGAUAACACAUGAAGUGGAUGAGCUGACUCAGAUCAUCGCUGAUGUGUCUCAGGACCCCACGCUGCCGCGUACAGAGGAUCAUCCGUGUUCCAAAUUUUUGUCUUCCAGAUGUGGACACAAAGAAGCAGUAUUCUUCCAGUCUCACAGUGCACGUGCUGAGGAUGCCAUGAGAUUGUAUUAUGUUUGUACAGCACCUCAUUGUGGUCAUCGCUGGACAGAAUGACGGCCCUCUGUAGCUAUCUUGUCUGUUCUUAGAAAUUUUAUGGUCUGUUUGAAUAAAUAUUUUUUUAUUUCAAUUUUAAAAGAA